AUGAUUACAAGAAUAAAACCUCUUGACAAAUUGGUUGCAAUCUGGAGUGAUAUAGAUUCAAGCUUAAGAAACCACGAUAUCAAUGAAACGAUUCUCUUCUUCAGACGACCUUAUUCGACCACACAUAAAAGGAGAAUGAACCAUCACGAUAAAACUAUUCAGAUAAGUCAGUUUUCAAACUCUGAAUCAGAGUCAAGAAAAUUCACUUCCAUUAUUAUCAUUUUGAAGCUCUUGAUAGCCAAUAUUGCUCAGAGUAAACGCACAACAAAGAGAGACAUCUACUAUCAAGAUGUUGCAUUAUUCAAGAAGAAUCAAAGGUAUUCAAAUGAGCUCAUAGAUUUGAUAGCCUAUUCAUUAGAUCUUUCACCUGAAAUUGAUUUAAUGAUCUACGCAUCCCAAAAAGGAUUAAUCUAUGGUAGUAUAUCACUUCUUAUAAAUAACUCUCAAUUGUUGGAUCUCAAUUAUUCACAAGAGCCUUUGCUAAUACCUUUUGUUAACGAUAAGGACAAUAUUAGAGCAUCAAGUUAUAGUCAAUAUCCGGCAGCUAUCGUUGUUCUCGAGAAGGACGCAGCAUUUAGGUGUUUUUGCAAUUAUAUUAAGCAGAAAGAAACAAGCUUGAAUUUGAUUGUAAUCACAGGUAAGGGUUUUCCAGAUAAGUUAACAAAAAAAUUUGUGUCACUUUUAGCCGACAGUUUCCCAAAAUCUCCAAUAUUAGGCUUUAUGGAUUCCGAUGUUUAUGGAUUGAGUAUUUGCAAAAACUAUAAGUUGGGUACUAUCAAGGAGGCUACAUACCUGUGCCCCCGAAUGAUUUUAUCAGGAGUAUUUCUACUAGAAUAUGAUACCGGCUGGUUAGAUUUAUCAAAAAGAGAUAUUAGAAUGAUGGUGAAUUUUGUUAAAGAACUUAAGGAAAGAACAACAGAAAGUUCAAACGAAAAGCUAAAAGAAGAGUUUGGUAAAUGGCAUAGAGAACUAACACGUGGUUUAGUUUUGUUCAAGAAAUCUGAAAUGAAUGCCAUGAAUCAAGAACUCGCCUUGCCUAACUACUUACUACGAAAGGUUUGCAGUCACCUACAAUGA